AUGUACAGAAAAGGCGGCAGCACCCCACGCCUCUCGAUGGAGAUAGCAGAAGCGACACCCCAAUCACAGAACAGAAUAAUCGCCCCUGUCUCAUGGACGAGAAACAGGGACUGGGGCGGCGUCAUCUACGUCGACUACUACCAUGCGGUACGCGACUUUAGCUUCAUCCACCUCCAGGCGACUCACAUCCCUGACGGGUGUGCCGUGACCGGCAUGGCCUUCCACAAAUACAACAACAGACUUGGCAUCAUGCUGCAAUACAGGAAAAUUGAUUUCAAUACAGGAUUGAUGUCUGGGCCCCGUAAAUGGCAGCUUCCCCAGGGCUGGGGGCAAACAGAAGGUACUCAUUACAUUGGCGACCAGCAGUGGACGCCCAACGCAGAAAUCGGUGACGUGUUACCCAAUCCCAAAGCUUGGGUGACCGGCGCAUCACUGUACAAGAAGACUGAUAAGACGAUGGCUCUCAAAUUAAGGAUUCUGUAUGAGUAGAUUAGUAGAAAGGGAACAUGUUAUAACCUGCUGUCCCUUUUUCUGUCAUCAUAUUAAAAAUGGGAAACAUUAAAAUGCCGUGAUUAGCAAAAUACAAACGUACAUCAUUAUUAGCCAAAGAGAACGUUAUUCAUCUUUUUGCUUUCGGUAGGCCUUGUGCCAAAUCUCUGCCAAACAGACGGUUGAGUGGAACCGAUAGAAGAUCACAAGCGGAAGGGUCAAUCUCAGGAUCAUAUUCCAACCGAUGCUCCCGAAGAAAUCCUUAUGCAUACUUUUAGAUUCCGCCUUGUCCAUUUCAAACGUGACAACAACCCAUGUGGCCAGGUUGACAACCAACAGAAAAGUCACAAAGAAGCGGCCAGGCUUGUUUCUGACGUCAUCAUCGGAUGCAGCACAUUUCCGGAGCCCCGUCAUUAUGAAAACCGACUGCACGGUCGUCUGCGCGAAAUUCAAAAUACCGCACCCCAGGAACAGAAU